ACCGGGCGGCCGCACGGCUUCCCUGGCAGGAAGCGGCGCCUGUCGUCCGGCUCUAUGACGCCGUCUUGGCUCACGUUGCCCACAGAGUCUCCUCCCAGGACCUCUGCGGCCUGUCGUGGCCCCCCCCCCGCCGAGUUCAGUCAGCCGGAGACCCGAGCGUUGGUCCCUCAUCUGGGCUGGAACUCUGCGCAGCAUCUCUCCUGGCUGCGUGGCGUUAUCCUCAGUCUGCUGCUGCCAGAGUGGGAGGAGACACCUGCUGCAGACUGCUGGCCGGAUCUCUGCUCCUCCAUGUUUGGUUACGCUGCUAAGAUCCCAGCUUCACGUCACAGUCAGCCGCUCCUCAUGUCCCGGCUGGAAAACCUUCUGGAAAGGGUCCGACUUCAGGCUCAACACCCCCGACCCCCCCAAUCCAGCCCAGCCGAUGGAAACACUGACCUGGAAGAGCCGGGGGUUCAGAUUCCCUGGGAGGAUGUUGUGCUGAUCUUCAUGGACCACAAACUGAAAGACUGGCAGCCGCCCGGACCUCCUACCUGUGGAGACGCAGUGACCGAGGACGGCGAGAUCCUGGUUUACUUCCCCACAGCUUCUCUGGAGGGUUUCAGACCUCCUGAAGAGUGGACGCAGGCCGUGGAAAAAACCCACAGAGAGAAGCAGCAGCAGCAGGAGAGGGACGGAGCGACUCAGGCUCCCUGCGCGCCGCCUCCUGCUCCAUCUCCCAGGCAGAGGUUGUUCCAGAGCUCGGUGGAGGCCCCCGGGGCCCCGAGGCCCCGUCUGGACGUCACUCACAGCCCCUCAGCAGAGGAGCUGCUGGCCCACAAGGUCCUGCAGAGCUUGGAGGAAGAACAGGCUGAGAGCAAGAGGAGCUUGGAGCAGCUGAGGCGCUGGCUGGACGGCGACCCGUUGGACCAUCUGUCCACUCCGCUCUUUAUGCUGUCCUCCACCCUGCUGUCCUCACCGACCACCAUGAAGGUUGCUCCUUCAGGCCGGACCCAAGACGCUGCUGCAGCCACGCAGGUCUCCUCUCCUCCUCACCACUCCUUUCUUACCUUCAUUUCUUCUUCUUCUGGGCUUAUUCUGUUAGUUCUGGUCUUCUUGUCCUCCCACAGGCCUGAGCUGGAUCAGCGUGUGGACGGGCCUUCCUGGUCCAAAGCGCCUCCGGUACCGCUGGCUCGGAGGCUGCAGGACCUGGAGCGUCAGAUCCUGGCGAGCAGAGAGGAGGAGCUGGCCUGCAGGCUGAAGCUGAGCGGGCUGCUGAGCAUCGUGGACGACUGA